AUGAAGACUCCAACGGAUUGCCACUCCAUCUUCAGGAAACGCAUGCUUCUUCAAAGAUGCUUUCGCGAGAGUGUCAUCAAGGUGACAAGAUGCCGCCGUUCAAGCUUGCGGAGUUUUUUAAUUGACCAGGAACUGCUCGAAGAUCAAGAAAUCUCUCGUCGGGAGAUUCGGCUUCUUCUCUUAGGAACUAAAGGGAGUGGCAGAAAUACCAUGGUGAAACAACUCCGCAUUCACUAUGGGGACAGUUUUCCAACCUCGGUGAGGAAAUUUCUCAUCCCUUUCAUUAACGCCAACCUGGCCGACGCGGUGGUUCGUGUCAUCCAACUCAUGCAGGCUUCUGGAAGGCACAUAACCGAUCCCUACGUCAAGGCAAGUAGCUCCCUCGGCUGA